AUGCCUCCGGUUUACUCCCGUUUGUUCCAACCAAUGUGGGCGCGUGUACUACGACAGACGACACCAAACUUAGAGAGAGCAGUAUGGAAGCGCACUUUCGUCUCCGGGUCGCAACAGACUGUCCCAUUUGCGAUACGACAACCGAAUAUAUUUAGUUUUCUAUCCAAAUCUUCGAAAUCACCAUUACGCUCGACCCGGCGAUCAUUUCACCGAACUUCCCGCUUACGAGACGCAAAACCUUCUCCGAAAGAUGUUCCAGCUCAAGAACCGCAAGGGAUCACAGCAAGACUGAAGAAACUAUCAAGAGAAUAUGGUUGGGCUGCUUUGGGAGUUUAUCUAGGCUUGACUGUUCUAGAUUUUCCGUUCUGCUUCCUACUAGUGCGGUCGGUAGGGACAGAUAGGAUAGGCGCAAUCGAACACUGGGUGGUAUCAAAUGCCUCCAAAUUGAUACCACAAUCCGUCCGAACUAGGUGGCGUGAAUACCGUGAAGCCCUCAAAGAAGGCGAAAAGGAAAACCUCGGGGACACUGAAAUCAGCGAAGAUGUCGAGAUGGCUGGCUGGGGUGUAGAAGAGGCUGAAAAACGGCACAAGGCCGAAGCCAGCCUCGGGACCCAGUUAGCUCUUGCUUAUGCGGUGCAUAAAAGCUUCAUAUUCCUUCGAGUGCCCUUGACCGCUGCGAUAACGCCUAAGGUAGUGAAGGUCCUUAGGUCAUGGGGCUGGAAAAUUGGAAAGCGACCAAGCAAGCGGUGA